CCUGCAAGAAAUUGGAAAUUGUCAGCGGCUGCUCUUGUGAAACCAAUAUGGCGGCCAACAAAGUAGAAGUUCAAUACUCGGAAAGCGAACCAGAAAACUCAGAUAACGCGAGCGAAGAUGGCGACGUUGAGAGCGAAGGUGAAGAGAACCUUCAGAGUAAAAGUAGAUGGGCCGAUGCCAUGUCACAAAUUCUUAAUAAACCCCUCACAGAUAAUAAACCAGUAAUAUUGUCCAAAUAUCAAAAAGGCAGUAAAAGGAAAGCUGAGCAUAGAGAAGAAAUGAAAAAGAAAAAGGCUAAAGCACAAGAGAAACAUGCAAUUCUUGAGAAAGACCAUAUAAUCCCUGACAAAUCAAAUCUAGAUUAUGACAGAAACCUUGUGAAAAUAGCUACAAGAGGGGUUGUGAAAUUAUUCAAUGCAGUAAGUAAACAUCAGAAGGAGAUGGACACAAAAUUAAGUAAAGCAACAACUGAGACAAAGAAAACUAAAGUAAUGGAGUCAUUGACAAAGUCAUCAUUUCUGGACAUGCUCAAGAGGUCAUCCGAUGCAACAGUCACUGAAGAAUCCACAGAAACAACUAAAAAAGCAAAUCAAAAGGGGAACAAGAGUGAGAAGAUGGAUGAACAGAAGUCUUCUAACUCUUGGAACAUACUACGGGAUGAUUUUAUGAUGGGCGCAAAACUCAAAGACUGGGACAAGGAGGAGGGCAAAUCCACUGAACUCCAAGAUUACGAACUGCAGGCUCAAGGGUCAGAUGAUGACCAAUCAGAUGAAAGUGACCAAUCAGACUCGAGCUAGGUGUCAAUCUAGAGAGCAGGGCCAAUCAGAUUAAUCUACGAGAGAGAUAUAUCUAAUAUGAUUCGUGCCAGCAGAGUGGUUACAUGAAAUGUAGAUAUCAGACAGAAUGCAUUGCUACCUGCAUCUGUUAAAUUCUCAAUUCAAUUUUCUGCCGUUGUCAUCCAUGUUGUCGUCACCCACGUUGUCUACAUCGUUGCUUGGUGUCCCCAAUAAAUACUUGGUGAGAUAAACAAAUCAGUUACACUCUGAUUCACCACGAUGUGCACCUUAAUUUCUAUUAAAGAAGAUUUUAACCCCUUUUAACUCAAGAAUGCUAAGCAUUCGAACCAAGCUGUUAGCAAAGUUUCCGAUGUCACGCACCAGAUCAUCAGCGACUUAGAACGAUCAUUUGUUUUUAAGCACCAUCUACACGAGCAAUUUUUAUUUGAUCACUAUAGUUGACCGUGUAUGUAGGCCAGCAAUUUUAUGUGACAAUGUUUAUUUGCUCUUGUAGAUGGGACAAAGUCGGCAAUUUAUAUGUGGCAACUCUUGUGUUAAAAGAGGUUGCAGGUUUGCUUUUUCUUAGCAAUAAAAGAUUGUCACGCAAAUAAAGAUUGACAACUAAUUUGCUGUUUAAAAGUAAUGCUUUCGCAUAAACACCGACAAUUAUUUGCCUGUCUAUCUGCACGGUCAAAAGUCUGGGUUUUCCCCGAAUUCACAGGGUGUGUCAAACUUUGUUCCUCUUCUUUGGAGUCAAUUGUGGAGUAGGAUUUUACAUAAUAAAAAAAUCAUUUAUUUUU